AUUAGUAAUAAAGCCUACGAUUCUCUGCCUUUUCAAUCAGUUUUUUACACGUCGAUCAAAAUUGUAAAAUGCUACAGAGAUGCUGUUGGUUCAUAAAACUACGCAAGGCCUGCAUCCUAAUUGCCGUGAUAGACUUCAUCAUCAACCUGGUGGUGCUCAACAUGUCGGGUCAGGAGUUUAUCGCUCACAUUGAACAGGCGGUGGCCAUCUGCCACUGCAUCGGCUGCACUUUCCUCCUGGGAGGAGCUCUAAUCAGAUCGACCAUCCUGCUGAUGUUUUUUCUCAUAACCAGCCUGACCAACUGCAUCAUCAUGUUCGUGUACUGCAUCGUCCAGCUGGUGAAACAAGAGCGAUACCAUGAGAUAAUAGUUCCUAUCUCGUCUAUAUACAUUUGCUGUUCAGUCUACUUCUGGAUAAUCGUCUACUCGUUUUAUGUUCAAGUAAGAACCCCCGAACAAGUAGUAGAUGUUUGAAAAGUACAUUAAAUUUAUCAGAUGGUCAGAUCUAGAUUGCGGUGUCCGCUUAGCCAAGGGCUCAAGAUCUCAAUAUUAUUUGAGUUCAUUGGAAAACUCUCGAUGGUGUAUUCAGUAAGCUCAAAUGAUAUUGUAUUUAUCUUGGGUGAAUUUUCAAUUCGACCGUUCUCUGUAAAAAAGAAAUUGUUGUUUUAUUACUCAGUUA